UUGACAACUCAGCGGCCACCGGAGUACUGGUGUCACAUUGCCUACUUUGAGUUAGACCAACAAGUUGGGGAAUUAUUCAAGGUGCCCAGCCACUAUACUCGAGUCAUCGUUGACGGCUACACCGACCCAUCCAGUCGGAAUCGCUUCUGUCUCGGCCAACUUUCCAAUGUCCACAGAUCAGAGCAGUCAGAGAAGUCGCGACUUUACAUUGGCAAGGGCGUGGAGCUGGAUAUUGUGGGCGAGGGCGACGUGUGGAUCCGAUGUCUAUCUGAGUUCUCAAUCUUUGUGCAAAGCUACUACCUCGAUCGUGAGGCAGGAAGAGCACCGGGGGAUGCCGUGCACAAAAUCUAUCCCGGCGCCUACAUUAAGGUUUUUGACAUUCGUCAAUGCCACGAGCAAAUGCGUCACCUUGCGCAUAUGGCACAGGCAGCGGCUGUGCGUCAGGCGGCAGCCGUGGCGGGUUCCAUGCAACUCGGCACCUCCGCCGGACCCGCUGGAGGUGACACGCCCCUCGCCACCACCGCCCCCCUGGGCACCUGUGAGGCUGCGGGCGUCGGUGUGGACGAUCUGCGGAGGCUGUGCAAUCUCCGAUUAAGCUUCGUCAAAGGCUGGGGUCCCGACUAUCCACGGCACGACAUUAAGGAGACACCUUGCUGGAUCGAAAUUCAGCUUCACAGGUACGACCUGGUGGUGCUUUUAAUAGUCUGUUCAUACCGUUUGUGA